AUGGCCAGCCUCAAGGCCGUGGCUGCCCUCGCGGCAGUCACCUUGGUUGGUCGUGUCACCGCCACCGAGGUCUUCCUCCCACCAUGCCUGGACCCCUUCCAGCCUUUCGUCUACUCGGGGUGCUUCUCCGAGGCCAGUGGCACCCAGAUCCUCCCCUACCGCAGCCCGGCAACUCCUGAUGACAUGACCGUCGAGAAGUGCGUUGCUGAGUGCAAGGGCAAUGGCUACAGGUAUGCCGGUCUCGUCUACUACGGCGUCUGCUACUGCGGUCAAACCGUGAAGGGUGACCUCACCGAGGAGUCUGAGUGCAGCUUCCCCUGCAAGGGUGAUGACACCCAGAUCUGCGGUGCCAACGGCAAAUUCUCCAUCUACCAGGACCCUACCUUCGUCCCCGUCGACCAGACCACCAUUGCCGACUAUGAUCCUCUUGGAUGCUGGACCGACGACUCUCCUCAGGGGAGAGCCCUUUCCUACCGCCAGGACUCCGUCGAUGGCGCCACCAUGACCACUGAGAAGUGCUUGCAGGCUUGCCAUGCCGGCGGUUUCCCCUUUGCCGGUACUGAGUAUGGCGGUGAAUGCUACUGCGGUGUUGUCAUUGGCAAUGACACCUACUCUGCCCCCGCCUCCGAGUGCAACAUGGCCUGCAACGGUGCCCCUGACGAGAAGUGCGGUGGCCCUGGUCGCCUUAACCUCUACGCCGCCGACGAGCUCCUGUCUCUCGAGCCCUGCGGCUAUGAGCCCCCCGUUGUCUCCAGCAGCUCGGAGCUCCCUGUCGUCAGCACCGUCAGCACCGAGUCCUCCACCAGCACCCCCCUUGUCGAGGAGGAGCCCACCACCAGCACCACUGUCGAGGAGCCCACCAGCACCAGCACUCCCCUUCCUACUCUCCCCCCUACCACCUCCACCACCGCGCCCGUGAGCACCACCUCCACCACCAGCUCCGUCUGCGUGACCACCACCGUCAUCCCUCCCAAGUGCGAGUACAAGUGCGGCAAGUGGUGCUCCAACCCCCUUCCCGACUGGGAGAACGACGCCAAGUCCUGCAAGGCCGCCUGGACCAACUGCCUCUUGCAGGUUGCCUCCUGCUUCAAGAACGCCGGCUUCCCCCAGUCUCUUGAGUGCUUCAACUUUGGCCAGUGGUGCGCCGAUGUCGACGAUUACUGCGUCAAGACCCCCAAGGGCAAGAAGCACGACUUUUUCGGCAAGAAGCCCCCCAAGGGAGGCAGCCCCGCCACCACCGUGACCGUCACCACCGCUUGCCCUACCGCCGCUCCCACCUCCACCAAGCCUGCCACCACCACCAAGCCCGCGACGACCACCACCAUCUGCCCCACCCCAGCGCCCACCAACAUCUGCAAGCAGCCCACCAACAACUACUACGGCUACAAGCCCGGCAAGCCCGUCGGCGGGAUUGACCUGCCCGUCGUGACCUGCAACGACUUGGUUUCGGACUGGCCUAGCUACCCCUUCAAGCGGUACUCGGACCCUGACACGAGAAAGUGCAAGAAGUACAGCCGCUCGACGCCGAGCACUGCCUGCCAGGACGCGUGCAAGGAGCAGUACGAGGACUGCUUGGAUGUUUAUGCCGAGGGGUGCAGGAAUAAUAAGUUUAGGCCGAGGCAGGAUAGUUACUUUCAGCAGAUGGAGAAGAGGACUUUCUGGGGGGGGUGGAGCGACAGCUUUAAUGGGGCGAAGGAUAAGUGCAGGGCGCAGUAUAAUGACUGUUUGAGUGUGAAUAGGAAUGUGGAUGUUAAGGGGAAGUGUAAUAAGUUUUGCGAGUAA